UAUGGGGUUAUGUAGUCCCAGAAAGAGGGAUUGUGAGGUUUGUAGUCCCCAGAAGGUGGAAUCCUUGAGUUCUGGUCCAUAGAAAGGUGGAUUCUGGGAGCUGAAGUCCAAGUGAAAGGUGUAGGAGAGUUGACACCCGAAAGAGGCAGAAUCCAAGAGUUCUAGUCCCAGAAAGGUGGGAUCUGUAGUUCCCAAAGGAGGGGGAUAAUGGGAGUUAUAGUCCAACCCUGAGAGUUGGGGGUUCUGGUGUGGAUGGAUUGUGGUCUGCAAAGGGUGGAAUCUAAAGCGGAUUGUGGGGUUUGUAGUCCCCAGAAGGUGGAAUCCUUGAGUUCUGGUCCACAGAAAGGUGGAUUCUGGGAGCUGGAGUCCAAAUAGAAGGUGGAAUAGGGGAGUCGACACCCGAAAGAGGAGGAAUCCGGGAGUUCUAGUCCCAGAAAGGCGGGAUUUGAGAGCUGGAGACCCCUCAAAAGGUGGAUCCUGAGUGCAGUGCAAUGCCAAGCAAGGCAACCCUGCAACGCAAGCCCAGGCAAUGCAAAUGGGAGGCGUCGCCUAAGCGGCUGUUCCCUGGCGCGGCCUGAAGAGGGCGCUGUUAGGCGGCGGUGCGGACGCUGACAUCUUUCGCGCUGGACCCGGCGCAGGUGCGGAUGGGAAGGAGAAGGAAAGGAGGAAAAAAAGGAGGAGAAGGGAGCCGCCUUUGCAGCAACAGAAGGAGGAGCAGCAGCAGCAGCUUAGGAUGGAGCCGAGGGGUCAGGCGAGGCCAGUGUUGCCUGUGUAUAAACCAACCGUCCUGCAGACAGGCCUCGUUUUGGGCUGAGAUGAUGACGACAAUGUGAGGGAGCAGAGAGCGGACUCUAAGAUGACCCGAACGGACCCUCCUGACAUCCUGGUCUCAACGGUGUGUCCGGAUAUCCGCGUCUCCGCGACCGCCCCCUCCCUUCCCGCCGCCUCUGCCGGCCGGCCCUCCAGGCCAUGCGAGACCCCCAUGUCGUCCUUCCGGCAAACUCAGGACCCCCAGCCCUUUAACAAACGCCACUGCCGCAGCUUCGACUUCCUGGAGUCCCUCGACGACGCUGGCAGCGACCUGGCCCCUGCAGCCUCUCCGGCCAUGGAGCGCCUUUUCCGCAGGGCCCCCACGCCGGAGCCCACUUCCGCCCCCGCCGUCCGGAAGCCAUCCGCAAAGGCUGCUCUGAUGGAGGAGUACACAGCCAGCAAGGCCCACUCCCGUGGAAGGGAGUCCCCCAAGGAGCAAGCCCUGCGGCCAAUGGAGGCCAAGCGCCGGCCUCGGUCCAAGAGCGCCCCACGGUCCAAGCCCUCCUUUGCCCCGGUGGCUGUGCCCCUCUCCGCGGCCCAGUCCCCGCAGGUCCCUGUCCGGAGAGGUCGCGAGGCCCACCGGACGCCCCGAGAGGAGGCCUCUCCGCCACGGAGAGAGGGCGGCUACACCUCCAUGAAGGCCCUCAUGAGCGAGGUGCACCCCAUCAAGCUCCAACCCCAGCGCAGUAGCCGAGGAGGAGGAGGAGGAGGAGGGAGCCGCAUCUCCCCGCUCUGCGUCUCUGGUACCAACUGCUAUGAGGAGGCCCCACGGGAUCCCCUGCCCCCCACCGUCCACGUUAAGCGACGGAUGGACAUCAAGCCGGAUGAGGCCACUGUUCUGCAUGCCGCACGCACCGCCACUGCUCCUAAGCCCAGUUAUGGGGAGGCCCCAAUGGCCUGGCCGCUGCGCCCAGCGUCCACUGCCCACACAAGCCUAACCGUGCCCAGCAGCCGGCAGGUGUCCAUGUCCCGGACCCCAACCCCUAGUGACACCUACAGCGGGGACCACCGGAUGCUGCCCCCCUUCCCUGCUGAUCACUUCUAUGAAGGGCCCCCUGUUCUGCCGGAAGCGGGUUGUGUGCCCUACACCUCUUACGUGCCAACCAAGUUCUUCUACACUGAGGAAUCCACCAGCAGUGGAGGCGGUUUCCCACUGAAGGGCUCUGGCUAUGAGGGGUACACACCCCAUUAUGGCCCACCCGUCCUCCCUCCACCCCAGCCAAUUUAUGCAGAGGAGCCCCCUUUGCAGAGCAGCUUUCAUCCCGUGGCAGGAAGAAGGUUCUUCAUGGAGGAUGGCCGGGCACAUUACCCAGUCCAAGAGGCCCCUGCUCGUAGCUACUAUGGCGAUGACCCCCGCUUCUACCCCUCCCGGACAGUCCCCGUGAACACUGUCUAUGCUGAGGACCCCCGGGCCUUCCCCUCCGUGGCGUCCAGCCCCCGUGUCUUCUACGCAGAGGACUAUGGGAAAUACCACGAGCGGGAAGCAAUGUCCCGAACUUACCCACACCCCCGGAGUGCCCCCCACGUCAGCGAAUGGUAUUAUUCUGACCGAGGGGUCGCCCUGCCCUAUCAGACGUGGCAAGUAUCCCGCUUGCCUCCACAGCCACCCCCACCUCCUAAUCCGCCCACCAUGCUUUCCUCGUGGCAUGCUGGCUACAGUCUUGGUCCCACUCCUCGGCUCGGCACAGACUCUCAGAGGCACUACUCUAAGUCGUGGGACAAUAUCCUUGCGCCUCACGCACGCCGGGAGGACCCCCUCUCGCGUGGGCGCAGCUAUGAGAACCUUCUGGCUCGUGACCCGCACCGUGCCUUGUCCCCUGAUGACCGCCGCCCACCCGUCGUGGUCAACCUUUCCAGCUCGCCCAAGCGCUAUGCCGCUCUCUCGCUGUCAGAGAACUCCCUCCUGGAGAAAAUGCAUGGUUCGGAUGGUGUCGGCGUCGGGCGCCACGGGUGGUUUGUCACCCCAGAGAUCACUAUCACAGACAACGACAUCCGAGCUGGCAAUGGGUUCUGUAAGGGCGACCGGCGCUCAGCUAGCUGGGAUGUCCUGGAUUCGGGGGACGGACGGGAGAGGGGUUGUGGCCCAACGCGGCCGUAUGUCCUGGACCCCGGGGCCAAGGAGAGCGCCGCUCGGCAGCGCAGCCUGGAGCAGCUGGACGAGCUGAUUACUGACUUGGUCAUCGACUACAAGCCGCCCUCCCUCUGCCCGUCCAGCGAGGUGAGCAACCUGGCUGAACAGCUCCGGAAGCUGAUUAGUGACAGCUUGGCCUUGCCACCAAAGAAGCCAGAGUCGUGGAAAGCGCCAGAGCCACUGCCCACCAAGGAGCAGCCGGGGCGUAGUGCCUUCCAUGCGGAAUUGCGCAAGGACCAGGGCCGAUGGCCACCAGACACCUUCGAGAGGCCUCCUCCUCCAUCUGCAGCAGAUGUUUCGCCGGAACUGAGCGCCGAUGAGGAUGAGGAAGAAGAGGAGGGCGGCAACGUGAUGAUGUGCUCCAAUGCCAAGUGCCGCCGGACGGAGACCAUGUUCAACGCCUGCCUGUACUUCAAGUCCUGCCACAGCUGCUACACCUACUACUGCUCCCGGCACUGCCGCCGUGAGGACUGGGACACCCACAAGGAGAGCUGCGUCUACGGCCGGGUGGGCAGCACUUGUCGCCACGUCCUGCAGUUCUGCCGGGAGAGUGCUGCAGUUCACAAGGCCUUCUCCCGAGUGGCCAAGGUGGGCUUCUUGUCCCGGGGUCGGGGUGUUCUUUUCCUGGGCUUCCCCAGCGCCGGCUCGGCUGAGAACUUCCUCCAGUUCGGCCUGGAGAGCCUGCUCAUGUCGCCCACUUACCUUUCCCUGCGGGAGCUGGAGGGCUAUUCGGACAACCUGGGGGACUAUGCACGGGAGCUGCGGGAGGCCGGCCAGCGCUACGACCCGGAGGAGUGUUUCCUGCUGAAUGUGACGGUGGCUGUGGGGCAGGGCCUUCCCGAUGGGCCCUCCCCGAAGACCCCGGUGCCCACCGUCCGCAAGUUCGCCAAGGUGGCUCUGGCCUCUUCUGCCAGCCCUGAGAGGUCCCAGGGGGGUGCCCCACCUCGCAAGAAGGAUGCCAUGGAGACCCUGAUCCUGACCCCACCCCCCGGGACGGCCGACCUGGACCAGGAGGGAGAGGAGGGGCGCAAGGCCCGGCAGCGGGAGCUGCCUCUCCUGGAUCAAGUCCGUCUCUGCCCAGACUCGCCUUUGUUUGAUCCGCCUGCCCUUGGAAAACUGCGCAUCCCGGCACUCAAGGGCUCCCCGUUUUAACUCGGUCGACUGCCUGGGAACAUACGGAGGCUUCGUUAAGACGAUUGGAAGGAUGGUUGCGAUGGCUGGGGAUUGUGGGAGUUGUAGGUAGUCCUCCCCUCUCAAAAAGGGUCGCUUUCCUAGGCAUUGGGCCCAUUCAUCACAAUGUUGGGAUGGGAUCAAUGAAAGGGGUGGGUGGGGAAUGGUUUGCGUGUUUUACAAAACUGGGGGGUGGGCUGCAUGGACAAGGUACGCAUGCGUGACAUUGGGGUGUGUGUGCGUAUGUGUGAUGUGAUUCCUGCGAACGGGGUCAGGCUACAUGACCUUCAGUGGGUCUUGCUUUCAUGUCGGAACAGGGGGGACUUUGGCUCUUGGUUGUUGAAGCUGGAAAGUUUAUUUUGUCGUCUUCAGAGCAGAUCUAUAACUAUUACCAGGGCCUGGAGAAUGAGAAUGGAGACCAGGGUUCGAAUCAUCACCAUUAAUAUCUUGGGGCAAGUCACACUCUCUCAGCCUCAGAAGAAGGCAAUGGCAAUAGCUUACCAAGGGAACCCUGGGAUUAAUUUGUCUUGGGACCAUUCUUCUCUCCCUAUAGCAGGCAUGGGCAAACUAUCGGCUGUUAGGAAUUGUGGGAGUUGAAGUCCAAAACGCCUGGAGGGCCAAAGUUUGCCCAUGCCUGCCUUAGAGUCUGGUUUUGUCCCCUUUUCUUAGGGGGACAUUCUGUGAAUUGUGGGGCCAAGGCAUGACUACCCCAAGCCUUGGCCUCCCCGCUUUGCCAUUGUAAUGAAUUGCACAUUUGAGAGCACUUCUGCAUGGUCUUGCACUGAGUUCCCAUCUGAGUUCGGAUCCAAUUUGUAGCAAGUGGGAGAGGAAGAGAGAAUAGGACAUAUUGGUCACUUAAUAGGACCCUCCAUGAUUAAAUGUUGUGGCGGUUAAUUUAUUCGGUUGGCAGCUAACAAAGUGUGGCCAAAGGGGGAGAAAGGAGUGAAAAAUUAGAUUUAAUUAGCUGGAAAAAUUGGGAUGGCAGAGGGUUCAGCGCCUUCCAAGUCGCCCAAGUCUUCUGUGUGCCCAGGAGGGAGUCUCUCAUCUGGUUUCCGCCACUGAUUGAGGUUCCGGGUUUAAGCCUGCCACUUUUGGACUCUUGCUUGCUGAGGUGUUCCUGCAAGUAUCUCUGUAGAUCUUGGAAAGCUAUUUCUUGAUUUAAGGCAUUGGCAUGCUGGCUGAUAUUCAAACAGAGGAUGGGCUGGAGAUGUCCAUGCCUUGGUCCUUUCAUUAUUGGCUGCUACUUCCCAGCAGAUGUCAGGUGGUGCAAUGCCAGUUAAACAUUAUAAUUUCUCCAGUGGUGUAGGGCAGAGACAUCCUGUAAUAAUGCGACAUGUCAAUUAAGAGCCACAUCCUCUGUUUUAAUGUAGUGAGAUGUAUUCCACACUGGGCAUGCGUAUUCAGCAGCAGAGUAGCAAAAAGCAAGGGCAGAUGUCUUCACUGUGUCUGGUUGUGAUCCCCAGGUUUUGCCAGUCAACUUUCGUAUAUUAUUUCUAAUAUCUACAGCUACAAAACAGGAGCUUUUUUGUUGAGUUCAAGGGCCAGAGAAGCAGAUGGCAAAAACAGAAGAACAACCUGCCACAGGGGAUCAUGCUUGCUCCAUCAAUGUGUCAGAUAUCUCAGUUCCAAGCUGUGUGGCUCUGAAGAAAUCUCCUAUGAAGGAUCACGCAGAGAAUCACAAGUGGAGUAGAUAUCAACGCGUUUAUUGUUCGGAGUACAAGAGCGUCACCUACUGGCCUCCUAUAUAGUACUAACUACAAUACCAUAAAUCACUCAUUCAGGAAUCCUGAUGCCUUUACCAUUUCAAAGCCCUCCCAUAUCAAAGCCCAGUUCUCCCCUCACCUUUGGGCAAUUGAGUUUUAUGGCUGGUCCAUUUGUCCUGCAUUUCCUUUUGGCCCAAUGUCCCAUGGCCUUGUGGUUUGUGUCAGUUGUAUGGCAUGAGCUGGAGAUCAUGACACAAUGUUUAGGUAAAGGUAAAGAUUUCCCCUGACAUUAAGUCCAGUCAUAUCUGACUCUGGGGGUUGGUGCUCAUCUCCAUUUCUAAGUUGAAGAGCCGGCGUUGUCCCUAGACACCUCCAUGGUCAUGUGGUCGGCAUGACUGCCUGGAGUGCCAUUACCUUCCCUCCAGAACGGUACCUAUUGAUGCCACAUUUGCAUGUUUCUAACUGCUAGGUUGGCAGAAGCUGGGGCUAACAGUGGGACCUCAUCCUGCUCCCUGGAUUCAAACCAGCGACCUUUUGGUCAGCAAGUUUAGCAGCUCAGCAGUAACACUGCGCCACUGGAAGCUUGAUUUACACAAAUGACCAGCCAUUGGUAGAAGGGACAGAGACUUUCAUUUAUGCUGAUGAUUGUGCCAUCACCGCUCAAGCAGGGAACUUUGAGAUGGAUGAACAGAAUCUCUCUCUGAAGAUUUAGGAGCUCUUACUACCUGUUACAGGGGAAACCAGCUGAUCCCUAAUCCAUCUAAAACACAGACUUGUGCUUUUCACCUUAAGAGCAGGCAGGUAUCGAGCUCUGAGGAUGACCUGGGAAGGAAUCCCACUGGAGCACUGCUGCACACCCAAAUACCUGGAAGUUACUCUGGAUCGGGCUCUGACUUACAAGAAAGCACUGGUUGAACAUCAAGCGAAAAGUGGAUGCUAGAAAUAAUAUUGUAUGAACGGUGACUGGCACAAGCUAGGGAUCACAUCAGACUUUUGGCAGAGGAUUAAUCUGGAGUCUCCUUUAUUAUUUGCUUUUCUUUAUUCCAUUUGCAGCUAACAAGGAGAGAGCAACUGGGACAUUUCUUUAAUAUGGCAACGGGUUAAUAGGUCCGUGUUGAAUAUAUUAAUGUGGUUAGUUUGCAGCAAAGCGAGGAAGAGGAUUAAUUGGGAUUAUUAUCACUGCCAAAUGGGGACUUUUAGGACCUUUAUGCCCAAAGGAGGGGUUCCUCUUUCCGUGCUUUCUUCUUUAUCCAGGAUCCAAACCUUUAAUUAUUAUUAUUAUUAUUGCUGUUGUUAUUAUUCUUAUUGCCCUUCUUCCCCCAGGAAUGGUUUUCUUGGCCGAAUGCAUGCUUGGUAUGUUUCCUUUAUUAUUAUUAUUACUAUUAUUAUUAUCAUCUAUUUUUUAAUAAAAUGGGCACAAAAUAGAGAGGACAAAAAUAAUAAUAUACUGUAUCGCUGUGGAUGGCUUCCACGAAUGCGAAAUACGAAAUCUAUACAUAGAGAUAUAAUAUAUAUAUAUUAUAUAUAUAAUAUGAUAUAAUAUAUAUAAUUGAGAAAAAAAGAUAUUU